AGAUGAGUUCUCUUGGUUGGAAAAAUGCUAUGUUGGAACAGUUUAUUUAGUGAACAUAAUACCAAACUUAUAGGAGAAAUUUUACAUGGAGCAAGUUUUCUACUGUAACAUAAGAGCUAUGGGAGGAAAGCUUGUUCUCUUGGAAGGUAGUGAUUCUGAAGAUCUGAAGGCACUUGUUGAGAUGGGACAAGACUGGUUAGGGCAAUGGUUCGAAGAUAUUAGACCAUGGUCCCCUACUAUGGUGGCUACUGAACAUUUUGCAUGGAUUCAUUGCAAAGAUGAAGAUGAUGUUGACGUGGAAGACAUAGUGGCUGAGGUGGCUAAAACAAUUGGUGAGGUGGUAGGUGAAGUUGAUGAUAAGGUGGAAGACACAACAGAUGAGAUGGCUAAAACAACUAGUGGGAUGUCAAAUGGGCUUAACGAGGCAAAAUCUACUAGAAAGGCAUCAAUUAGGACAAUUAAAGAAGCGAAGAAGAUUGGGAUAAAUGUGGAGGAAGAAGUACAAUCUUCAAAUUUGAAUAGCCUAAAGCUCGGGGUAGCUGUCAAAAUAGCUGAUACAUGUGCAGCCAAAAAUAGUGAUGAGGAAAUUCCUGUGGCCUUUAUGAUUAAUGGCAUUGGGAGUGAGAAUCAUGCACUCUGCAUGGCAACUAAAGGAGGUAAUGAGGUAGAUUUGAAUGGGGAUGGCUACUCAUUAAUUGGUGAUGGGAGAAAAGAAAUCGACUCUAUCAAAGAUUUAAAGAUGGCUGCAAUUUCAAUGCAAGCAAAUGAAGAGUUAUUGGAUGGGGUUGGGUUUACUUGUCUUAGACUAGAUGAUGAGAAAGUAUUCGAGCCUGAAGGUGAAAAUGUAGAAGGUGGGUCUAAUCAUGUGUGGGUGUCCAAGGUUAGGGGUCCAAUGGAGAAUGGGCCUCCAAUUUCAAUAGGUUGUACUAACAGUAAUUUAUUGGGACAACCCCAAUUCAAACCAAAUCAAGAAGAUUUGAGAUCAUUUUGGGAAGGCUUGGAAAGUGAAUUAGGUGAAGUAGCAGAAUGGAUGAGGAAAAGGGAACAUAAAGUGAAAAGGAAGCAAAGAAGAAUAGUGAAGUCUUGUGCCUCAAUCUAUAAGGAGAUAGGGGGAUUAGAAGACAACAUGGUGCACAAAAGGAAGAAGGGCUGCCGUUUGAAGUUUGCAACUCAAAAGCAAAUGUUGACUCUUGAACCCAAUUCAGAAAUCUCAAUGGUUGAUGUUUCAAUUAAUGACAAUAAUAUCUAGAAUUGCAAUUGGUGCCUUCACUUGAGGGAUGCAAAAAGGUCUGUAACAGCAUUAUGGGAGCAAGUGAAGGUUCUUAUGGUUAAAAAAAUAGGAGAUGAACAUGUGAUUUUGGAGAAAAUACAUGAGUUGGAAGUCA